AUGGAGAGUAUUAGUUUGUCUGGGCAACCUCCUCCUAUACUAUCUAGUGAGGAACUUACUGGGGUGGAAGCAGAAGCUGUGGAGAGAAAUCAAUCUCAGCAGCAAACUGUGCCUCCUCCUCAAUUUGUUCCUUCAAAAAAAAGAAAGGAGGUUGAAACCAAAUCCCCGGUAUGGGAUCAUUUUGAGAAGGUCAAAAACAGUAGUGGAGUAGUUAUGCAUGCAAGGUGUAUUUAUUGUGCAAAAUUAUAUGGUGGUCAGUCAAAAAAGCAUGGCACAUCUUCCUUAAGUCAUCAUAUGCUUAACUGCCUAAAGAAUCCUCACUCCAAAGAUGUUAGACAAUCUCUGCUAACAUUUCAGCAUGUGGUUAGUCCUAGUCCAGAGACGAGGGUUAAUGUGGGGGUCUUAACUACUUGGGUGUUCAAUCAAGAUGCAAUUAGGAGGGCCCUAGCAGAAAUGAUACUCAUUGAUGAGCUUCCUUUCAGAUUUGUAGAGGGGCAGGGGUUUAGAAAAUUUAUUCUUGUUGCAUGUCCUAGAUUUAAGAUCCCAUCUAGAUGGACUAUAAGUAGGGAUAUUUAUCAGAUUUUUUCUGAUGAGAGGGUAAAUCUGAAGAAACUAUUUAGGACUUCAUGCCAAAGAGUUAGUAUCACAACUGAUACUUGGACUUCUGUCCAAAGGAUAAACUAUAUGUGCAUCACUGCACAUUUUAUAGAUGACCAAUGGAAGCUACACAAAAAGAUCAUAUCAUUUGUCCCUGUCACCUCACAUAGGGGAGAAUACAUUGCCAAAGCCUUAGAAACCUGUCUUCUAGAGUGGGGGCUAAAAAAUAUAUUCACUGUGACUGUUGACAAUGCCUCUAGUAAUGACACUGCUAUGGGUUUCUUCAAAAAGAAGUUGCUGUCUUGGGGGGUUUCUUCUGUGAAAUGCAAUUAUGUGCACAUGAGAUGCAUUGCACAUGUCUUAAAUUUGAUUGUCCAGGAUGGGUUAAAGGAUGUAGACAGUUCUGUAAAGAAGGUGAGGGAUGCAGUUAGAUAUGUGAGAAAUUCUCCUACUAGGCUAAAAAAAUUCAGGGACCUUGCUGAUUUAAUAGGGGUGGAAGCCAAAUCUAGUUUGACUCUUGAUGUACCAACUAGAUGGAACUCAACCUACUUGAUGCUUAAGAAUGCAGUCACAUAUCAAAAGGUAUUUGAGGCCUAUGAAGAAAAUGAUAGUUCAUUCUCACAUGAUUUAGGUGAAUCUGUCCCAUAUUUUAUGGAUUGGCAUUCUGUUGAGCAUAUGGUGAAGUUGCUUAAAUGUUUUUAUGAAAUGACCCUAAGGAUUUCUGGUUCUCUGUAUGUGACUGCCAAUAAUUUCUUCUCUGAAAUUUCUGACUUGUCUUGCAUGCUGUCUGAAAUGGUGGAAGCUGAAUCUGCCUCUGUUAAUCUGAUGGGUUUCAAUAUGAAAACGAAGUUUGAGAAAUAUUGGGGUGAUCCUGAUAAAAUGAAUGCCAUCAUUUUUUAUGCAAAUAUAUUGGAUCCAAGGGAUAAAAUUGCAUACAUGCCAUACCAGUUCACACAACUGUAUGGUGAUGAUAAGGGAGAAUCUUGUUUCAAAAAUGUUUUAACUGGUCUGAAGAAUUUGUUUGAUGACUAUGUGCAUGGUUCAUCUGUCAGUGUUGAUUCUGCUACUGCUGUCACUGUUAAAAAAGCAAAGAGCAGAGAGUGGUGA